AUGUGCAAAAUAACGCACAGCUACGGUGAAAUGGAAAAUGGUAGAGCCGGUGCAAGUAGACUGCUGGGCUACAGAGAAAAAUGCUACAGGGACACCGUGGACUGCAGGGAUACCGUGGAACGAACGAAAUAUCACUCCAGAGAGUUCGGCAUAAUUUGGGCCCUGAAGAAGCGCGAAUUUCGUGUUUCUAUUACUGUUGCUGCUGCUGCCGGUCGUCCUCAGAAGCAGUGCAGUGCUCUUCCAAAUGAAACUUACUUUAUGGUGUUUAUCAAAAAUAUUAUAAAGGCCAGCAAUCCUGUCCGAACAAUCAGCGGGAAGCAGAAGUCACUGGGAUGCGCUCACAGAGGACCUCACUGA